AUGGCGAAAACAGUUUUGGUUCUUGUCUGUUUUGCCAUUCUCUUGCUUUCAAUUCGUGUAAAGUCGAGGAUGCAUGAUGAUGAUGAAGAUGAAGAGUUGUUCUUUGAUGGUUUCAGUGGAGCAUCUAGCAACAUGAGCGUAAACGGUUGUGCAUCAAUUGAGCCGAAUGGCCUUCUCCGGCUGACAAAGACAAACGACACACGAGAAGUAAUGGGGGACGCGUUUUACUCAACUCCGAUCAAGUUGAAGAACUCCACAACAGGAAAAGCUUUCUCCUUUUCCACAGCUUUCGCAUUUGCAAUAUUCAAUUGGUAUAGGAAACCCAGUUACCACUGCUUCGCGUUCUCCGUUUCCCCUACAAAAGCACUUCCGAGCCAGUAUAUCAGCCUUAUCAGUCCCAGAUAUAGACAAGAAGAAUUAGUGAAAGAUCUGGACGAAGUCUAUCGGCGAAAGAACGACGGGAGUUUCUUCAUCGUUGUCUUCAACAGUCAGCACUACUAUAUCGACUUGAACGACAACCUCAACAUCGCUGCACAUGCACAUGUUGUUCACCGUAGUAUAUUUACCGAUGAAGUGGUGAUUCAAGCAUGGGUGGACUAUGAUUCCAUCAACAACCAAUUGGAGAUAAGGCUUUCACCAAACUCGUCAAAACCCACUUCACCAAUUUUGUCUUGGAAUAAUGUUGAUUUCUCGCCAAUUCUCAACGAUACUAUGUAUGUGGGAUUUUCUGCUUCAACAAGUGUGCUCGCCAACCGUCAAUACAUCUUAGGUUGGAGCUUUAAAGUCAAUGGAGAAGCUAUAUCUCUGGAUUUGGAAACAUUGCCAUCACUCUCUCCGGUGUUAAAUCAGGUGGAUGCAGAUUCUUAUAGGCAAGUAUAUUUUAUGCUAAAAAUGUUCCUAGCUGCUGCUGCUGCUGCUUUUGCUAUUUGUAGCGUACUGGCAUAUCUAGUUGUGCUUGCAUUCACGAAUAUCAACAAUCGUAGAUUAAAGUGGAAAAGGCUUAACGAGCCGUAG